AUGGCGAUCCGCACGGGGAACAAGCUUGCUCGGACAUUGGUGAUCUGGUGCCUCGCCGACCUGCUGCUGCUCCUGCCGUGCACAGCUCGCCCCAUCUCCGAAACGAGCACCAUCGACGGCAGCCGGAGCAAGCACCUGCCGCUUCGGGGAUCGAUGCUGCGCGGCCCGGAGAGCGUGGCCUUCGACGGCACCGGCGCCGGUCCUUACAGCGGGGUCUCCGACGGCCGCGUCCUCAAGUGGAACGGGUUCGCGCGCGGCUGGUCGACGUACGCGUACAGCCCGGGCUACGACGCCGAGGCCUGCACCGUGUCCAGGGCUCGGCCGGCGGAGCUCACCGAGAGCAAGUGCGGCCGCCCGCUGGGCCUGCGGUUCCACCACCGGUCCAGCAACCUUUACAUCGCGGACGCGUACAAGGGGCUGAUGCGCGUCGGCCCGGGCGGCGGCGAGGCGACGGUUCUGGCCGCGGAGGUCGACGGCGUGCCGCUACGCUUCACCAACGGGGUGGACGUGGACCAGGUCACCGGGGACGUGUUCUUCACGGACAGCAGCAUGAACUACCCGCGGUCGCAGCACGAGAGAGUGACCGCCACCGGGGACUCGUCCGGCCGCCUCAUGAAGUACGACCCCAAGACGGGCCAAGUCACCAUGCUGCAGGCCGGCAUCACGUACCCCAAUGGCCUCGCCAUUAGCGCUGAUAGGACACACCUCGUGGUCGCGCUCACCGGGCCAUGCAAGCUGCUCAGGUACUGGAUCAAGGGUCCCAAAGCUGGCACGUCUGAGCACCUCGCCGACUUGCCGGGCUACCCUGACAAUGUGAGGGCCGAUGGCAGAGGAGGGUUUUGGGUGGCGCUGCACCGGGAGAAGAUGGAGCUGCCCUUUGGUCCGGACAGCCACCUGCUGGCGGUCAGGGUCGGGGCCGACGGGCAGGUGGUCCAGGUGAUGAGAGGGCCCAAGAGCGUGAGGCCGACGGAGGUGGUGGAGAGGGAAAGCGGAAAGCUGUACAUGGGCUCCGUAGAACUACCAUAUGUCGCCGUUGUUAGGGAAUACUAG